AUGGGCGUAGUUUCAAGUGAUAGUCAAAAGAACGGAGGCAAUGAAGAGGCUGAAGCAGAAAAAACAGAUCAAGAAAAGCCCCUCAGGGUUUCUAAAGACCGACAAAAGAGUAGUGUAUCCGAGGAGCCAACAGAGUCUGCAACAUCCCCCAAACCUGGAGAGGCCAAGAAAGUUUCUCCCAGUGACACGCUGGUACGGCGCUCUAUCAGUCAGCAAAAGUCAGGGGUGUCUGUCACUAUCGAUGACCCCAUCCGCACAAACAGACAACCAUCACCCCCACGAGGAAAAGUCUCAAAGAUCAUCCAUGUGACCAAUUUAGUUCGGCCCUUCACAGUGGGUCAACUUAAAGAGCUGCUAAGCCAAACUGGGAGCGUGGUGGAGGACGGUUUCUGGAUUGAUAAGAUCAAGUCUCACUGCUAUGUCACAUACUCUACAGAAGAGGAAGCAGUUUCUACCAGAAACGCCCUUCAUGGAGUAAAAUGGCCUCAGAGCAAUCCCAAAGUCCUCAGUGUGGACUUCAGUGAGCAGGAUGAGUUGGACUUCCACAAAGGCAUCCUUAAAGUCAAAAAGGAACCGGACCACGGCAUCCCAGCGCCCAGUGGACCUCACCCGAACAGACUGCCCCCUCUCAUGCCAGAACGAGACAGAGACCGGGACAGAGAUAGAGACAGAGACCGCGAGCGGGACAGAGGGCUGGGCGUGGUCCGGGACCUAUGGGCGGAGCGUGAGCGGGAGAUGGAGCGGAGAGAGCGGGCUAGGGGGGAGAGAGAGUGGGACCGCGACAAGAUCAGGGAGUUCGCUCGACCAGGGGAGGACGCACGGCGAUCUAGGUCCAGAGAACGAGACCGCCGGAGACGAGAGCGUGCCAAAAGCAAGGAGAGAAAAUCUGAUAAGAAAGAGAAGGGAGAUGAGCCUCCAGCCAAACUUCUUGAUGACUUGUUCUUGAAAACCAAAGCUGCACCUUGUAUAUACUGGCUCCCUCUGACUGAAGAACAGGCAGCACAGCGUGUUUUGGCCCGCUCAGAACGCAAAAAAGAACGAGAACGAAUACGCAAAGAGAUGGACGAGGAGGACAAGAAGCGAGAGGAGGAGAAGAGGGAGCGACUCAAGGCUCGUGAGAAGGAGGGCGGGGCUGCUGGUGGUGGGGGUACAGCUCGCCGAGUGCCUGAGGGGGACCGAGGCCGGGAGGGGGAGCGGAGGAGGGACAGUGCUCGUGGGCCCAGGCGUCUCUCCGCAGGAAACCCACGACGAUCCCGUAGCCGUAGCAACCCCAGGGACCGGCGACGCUGAAGGGCUUACAUGGGCAGCUUCAGAGCCGACAGGUGGAGGUGUAAGGAGACUAAGCUGAUGGGGCUCCUCACCACCUCACGCUCUAUGGUCCAUUUCAAAGCUGGUAUGGUCUUCCACACACCUCACGUCACCUCAUAGGGAUUUGCGGUUUUGAUUCAUGACUCCUUGCGGCUCCUUUGUCUUCCUGCUGCAGAGUACCGUCCGUCUUUGUCCUGUAGGGGGCACUGUUUCUCCUUCUUUGUCAUGUUUUUUCUUCAGUCCAGAGGCUCCUUCACUUUCCCAGAGGUUUUAAAGCUCGACUAUUUUAGUUCUGUGGGCGCACACUUCCUCUUUGUGACUCUGUAACACCAUAGACCCUGUACAUUUAUGUAUUACAUUAGUUUUUAAUGUUCUUCAGCACUGAGAUUUUUUUUUUUUUUGUAAAUCAUUGAGGCAAAGAUGGUGUUUUACUCAGGCAUUCUCUCAUUUCAGCCCUAUAGUCAACAUAAAACUCCAUAAUUACGUUUUGAGAGUAUGAAUUUCCUUUCCAGUUCAAGGGUGUACCGUUUUCAGUGAGGUGAACAACCUGUCGUGUCCAGUUGGGAGAAAAAAAAAAACUCCCUUUGAUUUUCUAAUCAUAUAUAUACAAGGUAAAAGAAGUUUGUCAAAUAAGAGUAAUGGUUGCAGUUUUAAUAUUUUUAAUUUUGCUUUUAGUUGAAUUUUGUUUUAGGUGCUGAAUGUACUGAGAAUUUAAAUGAAUAAAUGAAAAUGGUUAUCAAA